UAUUAGGUAUUAUUUGCAUUUAAGAAGGAUAUCAGAUUGAAGUAUUUGAAGUAUACGAAACGAGAAGAAUAAUUUGUAUUUUUUUACGGAUACAUUCUAUUUAAAAAUCAGAGUUGUUGUUAUAACAGUUAACUGCUAUUAGAAUUUAUUUAGUACAUCCUGUUUAAAAUGCGUCGUCAAAUCCAUGUGUGUUCUUAAUGAAACUUCAUAUGCUCAACUUGACACUAAAUUCUACAUAUUCGCCCAACUGAGCGCGCUUUCUUCUCUUUCUUUUACGUAACGAGCGAAAGAGACUUCCGUUAGACAGUUUUCCUUUCUCGAUGUUAUACGUCAGCGAACAUUUCUCCGGUCGGGAGUCGGUGUGCUUGUAUCAAAUCAGUGUUGGUGUAACGAAGGUGUCGUCUGCGUUUUUAUCGGUUUUAAUUCUAAUAAUUACGACCGCGACAGUAACGUGCUCUACAACUAGUUCCUAAGGAAACUUUAUCGAGGGAAAUUUUGAGCUAAGGCCAAGCCUCAGGGAGCCAAGCUUCACGAUGAGGCUCUCCCUGGUUUUUGAAUUACUUUUGAUAUUCGUGCUGCUAGCAUUCGCAGCUUCGAAAAGUGUCAAAAAACAAAACCAAAGGAAAAGCAUUCAGAACAGAAACGACGAGGACAAACCCGAUGAUGAUGGCAUUAACAAGUAUUGCAAGUGUUCCGAGGCGUUUUGCAACUGUUGCCGGGAUUUUUCCGUUCCGGUUAUAAAUUUAAAUGGCCCAGGAUGUGCGACUUUAAUGUAUCUGAAUGGCGAUAAAAUGUCGGUAUCUCUGAGCUUCGGUAAAAAGGUGAUCACGAACAGAACUCUAUCAAGUCGCAAGCCGAGUCCUGUUUGCAUGCCUUUACCUGGAGGCAUAUCAAAGUUCUGUGGACGAGUAUAUAAUAUUGCACGAGCUGGAGAAGAGUUUCGAGCGUGUUUAGGUCUAGAGCUGCAGGCAAAGAGUACUGUGGAGGCAGCAGUUAGAGUGUCAUGCUUCAAGUUUGGGCCCCGUGGAGUGACGUCGGAGCCGGCAGAUCCUCUUCCGCUUGUUCCUCAGGAUGAAAAGGAGGAUGAUGAUGACGAUGAUGAUGACGACGACGACUUUGGUCUCGGUGCUGAUGACGAUGAUGAAGAAGAAGACGAUGAUGAUGAUGAUGAUGAAGGCGAACUAGAUGCCGUUAACGAUGUAGAAAGUGCAGAUUAUACAGGGUUUAGUCUUUUGGGCGAAGACAUUUUAGGUGAUCUGUUUGGUUCCUCCGGUGGUAAAAAACCCAAUAAAAUUAAAAAGAAGCAAGCUCCUGCGGUUACUUCUACGACUUCGACAACUACGAGACGCCCUCGACCCUCUCGCCGCCCAUCAAGAAGACCAACACGAACAACAACUCCUUUACCAAUCAGAUCCACUACUGUAAGAGUUCGCCCAGUCAACGGUAAUCGCCGAACUACUCGCCGGCCCACUAGACGUCCAGGCAAUGGAGGGCGUCCGCAAAGGCGGACAACCACUGAAUCUACAUCUACCUCAAUCUCCACAACUACAACAUCAGCUCCAAUAGCCAUUGCAUCCGAUAUACCUGUGGUUCAAACAACAGAGAACAUAGCUAUUAUUAGCAGUAUAAAUACCGAAAAAUAUGAGCCUGUAGCUAUCAUAGAUCAGAAAGCUGAGCCAACGAUGAAAAUAACUACCCCAAAUAGUGUAACUGAGUUUAUUCAAGAUCCCAGUUUGGAGAUGUCUUUAGCGCAUAUAACCGGUCAAUUAUCAUCUAUGCAAGUCACACCAUUACAACCAAAUAAUGAAAAGGAGUCUAACAUACCGAAAAUAGAGUCUGAUAUGAAAUACGAAAAGGUAGAAACGCUCACUCCCAAAACUCCAUCAAGUGUUGCUUUUGAUGUUACAUCAGGAGAAGCUGUAAGCGAUGAUAUGAUACAGAUAGUCCAAAGUCUCGAUUCAAGUUCAGAAGAAAUUUCACCCACAAAAGAAUCAAUAACUGCAGACGAAAGUCGAGGACACUUUUAUAAUUUUGGUUCUCAUUAUGAAGGCCUUACCUUACCCAAAAAGAAAAACAGAAAUCCACAGUUUGCACUAGAGGAUUUGGAUGUUUUAGAUUUAACUGAAAUCGGUGAAAAUAUCGGUGAUCAAUUUGGUAUAUUUGGUGGCAGAAAGAGGCAGAAUAAACUUAAGCCAAACAAACAUCGUGACGGUAGAGACGGCGAUGAGUAUGAUGAAAUGUUUGAUGUCAUUUCGCUUGAUGCUUUAACGCGAAAAUCUGAUACAGGUAACAAAAAUAUUAAAAAAGAUCGAAGAAGACAAAACAAAAUGAUGAGAGACUUAUGGCCGGAGGCAUGAAGUAUUUCGGACUAGUUUAAGUAAUAGAUGUAAUUAUUAAUUUAUUUCUUUUAUUACCGCCCUUAAUUUAAAAUAGAUGUUUCUAGCUGUGUAAAUAGAUUUUGUCUGAUUUUAUUUAUUAUGCAUGUAUGAGAAUAAAGAUAUGCCUUCAUUUUCUUAA